UGCAACAUAUAAACAUGUUAAAAUUUGCUACGGUUUUGGUUAUGCUUCUAUUUGGUCACUUAAUGGCGGUAAUUUCAGAUGAUCUAUCUGAUGAAUUCGUUGAAGAAAUCUUGAAGAUUGAAGAUGUACAAAAUGACCGUGAAACAUGUUUUGAAGUUGUACAUCCACCUAAAUAUUAUGACGAAAUUCCAAAGACGAAACUUAUAUACGCAGAGAAAAUAAAUAAAGAAGCAGGCAUCAGAAAAGUUGUAGUUAAAGGGGGUAUAAUGUGCUCCGAAAAAAUAGAAAGGAUAUUUACUGCGAAUAGAGCUUCACCAUUAUUUGUAGAUCAAUAUAAGUGUUUGGGCUGUCGAAUGAACACAAAUACGAAUGGUGUUGCAAGAAAUUACACCGCAAAGCACUAUUUUCACAUUCCCUGUACUACGUGUUCUACGUGUUAUGGUAAAUGCAAGGGUAAUUGUUACAAAAUGUGCUCAAUUGACGUACUAGCUGGAUGCGAAAUUGUAACAAAGUAAAUGUAUUACAAGUAAUCUCGUAUAUUAUAAGUUCAGCAGUAAAGUAAAUAAAAUGC